CGUGGCUGCUGGGAAGCUCCUGCCGUGUGUUGUCUUCGGCUGUCGUGCCAAGCACCUCCGGGUUCCUCCAUUCAUUGGAGAUAAGUUACCUGUGCUGUAACACACACCAACGUCUCAUAGCAAACAAACACACGAGCACUUCGUGGUUUUAUAUUUUUUUAAGUGAUCGCCGGUGGAAUCAGCCAGCCGACAUGGAGCCGUACGGUAACUCGCACAAGAAGCAGAAGCUAGGCAACGCUGCCGAAAACUGGGGAAUGCAACGUGCAACUAAUGUCACCUAUCAAGCUCAUCAUGUCAGCAGAAACAAGCGUGGGCAAGUUGUUGGCACAAGAGGAGGGUUCAGAGGAUGCACCGUUUGGCUGAGUGGUUUGUCUGGUGCAGGAAAGACCACAGUGAGCAUGGCUCUGGAGGAGUACCUGGUGUGUCACGGUAUCCCCUGCUACACCCUGGAUGGGGACAACAUCCGUCAGGGUCUGAACAAAAACCUAGGCUUCAGCCCACAGGACCGUGAAGAGAACAUUAGGCGCAUUGCUGAGGUGGCUCGGCUUUUUGCUGAUGCUGGGCUGGUCUGCAUCGCCAGCUUCAUCUCUCCCUACAGCAGGGAUCGCCUCAAUGCUAGAAAGAUCCAUGAGGCAGCAGGGCUUCCUUUCUUUGAGGUGUUUGUGGACGCUCCACUGGAUGUCUGUGAGCAGAGGGACGUGAAGGGGCUGUACAAGAGAGCCAGAGCGGGAGAGAUACGAGGUUUCACUGGGAUUGACUCAGAGUACGAGAAGCCAGAGGCCCCAGAGCUGGUGCUGAAGACCGACUCCUGCAGUGUGAAUGACUGCAUACAACAGCUUAUUGACCUGCUUCAAGAGAGGGAUAUAGUUCCCAUUGAUGCCUCUUAUGAAGUGAAAGAGCUGUACGUUCAGGAGAAUAAACUGGACCUGGCUAAGGCUGAUGCAGAGACUUUGCCUGCUGUGCAGAUUGGGAAGGUGGACAUGCAGUGGGUGCAGGUGCUGGCUGAAGGCUGGGCCACUCCUCUCAAUGGCUUUAUGAGAGAAGAGUAUUUGCAGUGUCUUCAUUUUGACUGUCUGCUGGAUGGUGGCGUCAUCAACCUGUCGGUGCCUGUGGUGCUGCCGGUAUCUACUACAGAUAAAGAGCGUUUAGAUGGUGUUACAGCUAUGGCUCUGGUCUACGAGGGCAGACGAGUGGCUAUUCUUCGCAACCCUGAGUUUUAUCAACACCGCAAAGAGGAGCGAUGUGCUCGUCAGUGGGGCACCACCUGCAAAGACCACCCUUACAUCAAGAUGGUGAUGGAAAGCGGGGACUGGCUGGUCGGGGGAGACCUGCAGGUUCUGGACAAGAUCUACUGGAACGACGAACUCGAUCAGUACCGGCUGACACCCACUGAGCUCAAACAGAAGUUUAAAGAAAUGAAUGCUGACGCUGUAUUUGCCUUCCAGCUCCGCAACCCAGUCCACAACGGCCAUGCUCUUCUGAUGCAGGACACCCACAAGCGUCUAAUCGAGCGAGGCUACCGACGGCCUGUUCUGCUGCUCCACCCGCUGGGAGGUUGGACCAAGGACGACGAUGUGCCGCUGCCCUGGCGAAUGAAGCAGCACGCCGCUGUGCUGGAGGAGGGUGUCCUGAAUCCAGACUCCACUAUCGUGGCCAUCUUUCCUUCACCCAUGAUGUAUGCUGGGCCAACUGAGGUUCAGUGGCACUGCAGAGCCAGAAUGGUGGCUGGAGCCAACUUCUACAUUGUGGGCCGUGACCCUGCAGGCAUGCCGCACCCUGACACAGGAAAGGAUCUGUACGAGCCCACUCAUGGCGCCAAGGUCCUCACAAUGGCACCCGGCCUCAUCACCCUGGAGAUUGUACCCUUUAAGGUCGCCGCAUACAACAAGGUCAAAAGAGCAAUGGACUUUUAUGACCCCGAAAACCAUCAAGAUUAUGAUUUCAUCUCAGGCACACGUAUGCGUAAAAUGGCUCGCGAGGGAGAGAAUCCUCCUGAUGGCUUCAUGGCGCUGAAGGCCUGGGCUGUGCUGAAGGAGUACUAUAAGUCACUGGAGAAGGCUUAAAGAAGGAGUCUCAGAUGAAAGAAACAUGGAAACAAAGUGAUGUUUAACAGGAUUUAUGUGGGGACCACUCAUCUACUGUCAAAAAAAAAAAAUCACGCUCUGGCUUCUGUCUGUGUCACUUUCAUGCUCAACCGAACAUGAAACUGGUCUCAGUCUCAGUUGAUUUUAGUCUUAUGACACUUGUGUUUUAACUUGGUGUACUUUUAUUAAACUAAACUCACUUUGAUUGUGAAUUAUAGUGGAGGAGUUCAGCAUACUGUUGAAUUAGUAUUUCAAAAGAACCAACAGAAGCAUUUCUUUAAAAUAGAUGUUAGCGUUUCUCACUAACUUUAUAACUGUAUAUUCUGCCUACUGUAAAGAUUCGAAAAUCAAGACUUAUAAAGACCUGUAUGAAAAAAAAACUGUACUGACCAGUAUUUGAAUAGUUGUGGAUGAAUGUUGAGUAUUUGUGAUGUCCAAAUUUAUAAAGUUACUGCACCUGCUUGAGUUCACUUAACUCACUAUUGAAACCCCAAAAAGUUACUUUGUACGGUAUGCUUGCAAGUGGCAGUCCUAAUUGUUCACAAUUUGGUCUACAAAAGUAUUUGAUGUAAAAGCCGAGUGCCUUGGUCCUCGGAAAGUGAAAUCACAUGAUGUGCACACACACACACACACACACACACACACACACACACACACACACACACACACACACACACACACACACACACACACACCCCUACCUGCUUCUUGUCUCACAUGUCUUUGUUAUGCUGUCUGAUACGGUUCGGUAGUUAAAGAGAUGGGCUGGAAAAACAAGAUGACUUUCUUGGAUAUGCAACCGGAACAUUCGUAAACUUUUUUAUUUAGUGUAUUUAUUCUGUCCUAAAAUGUCAUUGUUUUCUCUUUUUAAACGGUGCUGUGCAUGUAGUUUUUAUGCUUUUAACUUUGUCUCUUAACAGUCUUGAUAUUUUGUUACAUUUUCCUAAUUAGUUUUUUGUUUUUUUCUCUCAUGUGUUGCUAAUAUUUUCCAUGUGGUCAUUAGUUUCUAAGUGUCAGCCUGUAUAGUCAGAUGGUUGAUGGUUACAUCAAGGGAUCAGAUUUGUUAUCAUCCUUGUCCAAUAAACCAUUUUUAUCAAA